UUCUUUUUUUUUGCUUUUAAUUGGUGGCUUUCGCAAUUAUCAAAUUCAAUGAUACUGAUUUUUUUGAAAAUCAGCCCGAAUGGCUCUUUUGUAUCGUUUCACCAAACUCAACGAUCGUUACAAUACAGGUAUAUUUACAUUUAUUGUUACACGUUCGGUUACACGUGAUCUACAUCGUGAUGCAACAACAAAAGAUUUCUAUUAUGGUUAUCAUCGUUGGGCUAUUUCAUUUACCCGUGCAAAUGAUCGUGCAUUGGGUGUUUAUCUUAUAUUAAGAAAUCCAUCACCAUCAACAAAAUGUUAUGCCGAUUUUACAUUAACAUUAUUGAAUCGUGAACAUUUUAGCCGUAAUGAACAGCAUCAGGAAAAACAAUGUAAAUUUACAACAGAACAUACGACACAGGGCGUUAGUAAAUGGAUACUGAUGAAUGAAAUUCAAUCACGCAAAUUUGGUGAUGAAACUGGAGAAUUUUUAUUAGAACUUAGUCUAGGUAAUAUAUUGACCAUUUUUGAGACUGAUCUACAAGUGUCAAAUAAUGGUCAGCUCAAAAGUGGUAAAUUUGAAAGUGCCUCAUUCAGUUUCGGUUCAUUCGAAUGGAAUGUUUCUAUUGUGAUCCAUAAUUAUGGUGCCACAUCUACAACUACAACCGCUAAUUCAAAUAAUAAUAAUAAUAAUAAUAGUAAUGAUAAUACAGUUAAUGAAUCAUCAUCAUCAACAACAUCAUCGAAUCGUAUAAUCUAUGUAUUUUUAAAUCGUUUAAGUGGAUUUGAUCAUCCAUGUCGUGUACAGUAUCGUGUUAUAAUCGGUGAUGAUGAACAAAAAAAUCAUGAAGAUUCAGGUGUUUUAGAUCAAAUAUCUGAUGCUGGUGGACGUAUACGUGGAUUUCAAAUGCAACAUUCAUUAACUGAUUUACUUAAAUCAAAUGGUACCGUUCGUGUUUUUGUUGAAUUACAUUGUUGUAAUGCAAUUAGCGAAGCAAAAGUGCCUAUCGUUCGUAAUCCUUCACCAACUAUUAGCUGUUAUGAUCGUAAUAAACAGGGUUGGUGUAUUGAAGCCGAUAUGGAUAGUGAAUUUUUACGCCUUAAACUUUUUUUUAUGGAUCUUCAUUCUGUACCAAGAAAUCAUCUACGUUAUAUAUCAUGGAUUGCUUAUGUGAUUGCAAAAGAUCCACGUCAUGGUGUACGUGAAAGUUUAGCUGUUACAAAUGCACCACAUUCAAAUUAUUAUGUUCAAGAUGGUAUCGAUAUGGGUGCAAUGAUGGAUACAACAUUACCAGUGUCAAAAAUCAAAGAAACACCAAAAAUCUAUUUAGAAAAUGAAAAAUUAACCGUACAUGUUGAAUGGUGUGAUUCGAUAAUGUUAUUCAAUCAUAUUUAUCAUAAAUAUGAUGAUAUUACACGUAUACAUGGCCAUCAAAUGAGACGUGAAAUACUUGCCCUAAGCAAUGAAAAUUAUAGCCUUGAAAAGCAAUUAAUUUCCUAUCAGAAAACAAUUGGACAUACUGGUGGAAAUUCUCGUUCAUUAUCAAAAGAUAAUUCAAGUAAUGAAAGUGGUUCAAUUAAAAGCAAUCAACCACAACAAUUAUAUCAACAACAACAGCAACAACAACAUAAACAUCAUAUUGGUGGACGACGUUCAUCAUCGGAAAUUCAAUUGAAUGUUGAACAUUUAUCCAAAAACAAGAAUCCAUCAUCAUCAUCAUCAUCAUCUGUAAUCAUUCCCAAAAAUAAUCAACAACAACAAAUUUCUCAAAAUAUUCAACGAAAUGGCCAUCAGGAUUUAGGAUCAUCUAUUCAAUCAACACAAUUACAAUCCAUACAUCAAAAUCAAUCAAUUAUAACAAAUCAACAACAACAACAACAACAAUUAGUUAUAAAUGCACGUAAUAUUCAUCCAAAACAACAACAGCAACAACAAUCAAUUUUUCAUCAUCAUCAUCAUAAAUUACCGACAAUACCAAAUCAACCAUCACAACAAAUAGCUACACCGCCACCAUAUCAACAUUCAUUUAAUAAUAUAAAUUCAGCUGUUUAUACAUCAAUGAUAACAAAUUCACCAAAAUUAAAUGCAAUACGUAAAGCAUCACUUACACAUUAUGGAUCAUUACCAAAUAAUACAUCAUCAUCAUCGAUGAAAUUUUUCUACAGUGAAGAUCAAGGAGAUUAUGGUGGUCCAAAUGUUGUGACGAAUUUAACGCCACCACCAUCACAAUCGCAACCAUUAUCGCCACGUAUUGUACAACAACGAUCAUUACAUCGAUCAAGAGAACGUAAUUAUUCUUCUCCAUUGACAUCAACAAUGUCCAUUCAUCAAACAUCAUCAUAUGGUAGUGGAAAUAGUAAUAUCAAUGGUCUUAUACCUCCAUUAUCAUAUAAUACACUUGAUAAUGAAAUUAUUCAUUAUCGUGCACCGAUAUCACCGAGCUUAACAAUAACACAACCAUUUUUAAAGCAACAACAGCCAGCACCAUCAUUAUCACAAUCAGCAUCAUCAUCACCAUUAAGACAUGGACAACAUCAUAACCAUCAUCAUCAAUAUGGUAAUCGUUUUAUAAAUCCAACCGUUAUUAUUGAUAAUGAAAAUUGUCAAACACAACAAUCACAACAAACAUUAUUGAUGAAUCCAGCUAAUGGUUGGAAUUGUCCACAACCACAACAAACAAUGACAAACAAUUUACCUGUAAAUGUUCGAACUGGAAUGGAUCAAAAUGAUUAUCUAUCAGGUUAUAUUCAAGGAUAUCAAUAAACGUAAAUAUAAUGGCUGAUAAUUCAAAAAAAUACACCCUUAUGUUACGAUUGAAAAACAAAAA